AUGAAUGAGGGAGAAUUGGACCUCCAGAAAAUUGGCCCGGCAGUUCGGGUCGAUGAUGCUGAGAUUGAUGUCACCGUUGAUAUCGAUCUUCAGAAGGUUGAGGAGGAUUCUAUCGCGCAGGUGAAGCCUGGCUCAAAUGAUGCCGAGAUGGACGACGCCGCGCAUAAGGUGCUGGCACAGCGGAGGGCGAUGCGGCCCAGGGCAACAUCCAAGGGGUAUAGAAAGGGGCUUGCCUGUUGGGCUGCCUUUUGCAAGAGGCGCCGGUUUACAGACGCAGAUCUUGUUCAUGAGAAGAAGAUCCUUCUUUUCCUCAAGGAAGAUGUAUUGACUAUGCGAAUACCAAAGAACGGCGCCCAGAGGAUGGGCAGGUUGCGCGUCUUUCCCGCUGGCAAAGAGACCCUUGUUUUCUCUCCACCACCAUCAUCAGCAUCAUUAUCCUUGACGCCGCCAAUGGUGCCCUUGACACCAGAGUCGAUCGACCGUGGCUACAUCUCAUCGCUUAUUGACUUGUGGACCGAGCAGAGCAGCCUGGGAUUGAACCCUUACCCGCAUCCGCGUGGUGCGCUCCUCCGCGGCCUGAUGAAGUCCCUCAAGCGAGAGAAGGCGAAGCGAGCACGUGAGACGUUCGAAGAUCGAGCCAUUUGCAAGCUGAAUGAUGGCUACACUGUAGAGGAGUACCAUAGGCUAUGUUCGGUGACACUCACCAUGAAGGAUCAGCUGGGGCCGUGGCUUCGAACCCGGCUGGAUAUCCAGCUUCUACAUGCUGGCGUGCUUCGCAGCCAGUCAAACCGUUUGGCUGAGCUUCCGGAUCUCUUCCUACAGCAGCUUGGCGGGGAGGAGGGUGAGGGUUCGUGGACACCAUGUGUGAUCCUCAUGAUAACGGAUGGAAAGACCCUGGAAGCUGGGCGUACGGAUUACACCGGCAUCCUGCGCCACCGGGAUCCUGUUCUCUGCCCGCUCGCAUCGCUCGCCCUCUACCUCUUCUGGCGCUUUGACAUGGCGGGGGAGCCACCGCCGGACUUCAACUCUCGGAGAUCCUGGUACCGCCGGCGGCUGAUCCCCGGAAAGCAGCAGGAGCAGAACUCCCUCAGCUACGAAACGCAGGCGUUGUGGAUUCGGCGGGCCUUCGCCGAGGCCGGAAUCCACUCAUCAAAGGUGACGCACACGAUGCGUGGUGCCUCGGCGCGGAUCGCUGAUGCGCAAGGCAUUCCGGAGGAUCAGAUUCGCCGUGCUGGCCAUUGGGAGAGAGGCUCGAUGUCGACGGCCUAUCUGGCCCGACUGCCACGCGAGUACAUGCGUAUCGCCGCCGGCUUCCCCCGUACCGCUGGCAACUACCAUCUCCGUCGGGCCGCGGUCCUGCCACCUGUCGCGCUGGAGCGCCGGAUCUGGCCCUGGGUCGACGGCUGGCUGGCGCGAUACGAUGCCAGCAUUGUGUCGGGCUGCUCCUUUGCUAAUGGCGGCCUUGACGAUUGCGACAUAGCAGGAAAGCAGUUUCUCGAUCUCCUCGCCUGGCUUCGGAUCACCAUGCUGCAAGAUGCCGCCGUCUUGCAACAGCAGUUCCCCCUGUUCCCGCUGUGGCAGCACCCCAUCUUCUGUGGCCCGGAUUGGCGUCGUUUUGCUGACGCCGUUCUGGUGGCGCACAAUACGGCAGAGGAGCCCAUGGAUAUGCGUGUCCGCAGAGUUCUGCCUACCCUUGAGGAGACCAUGCGCUCGACUCGAGAGGCAGUACUUGCCCGAGUGGAUCUUCAUUCGGCCAGCGUCGAGCUCGCCCUCCGCGAAGGAUUUGCCCGCGUAAAUGACGGCCUGCACUCCUUGCGCGCGAGCUUUCCCGAGCAGCUUGUCACAGUUCCCAGGCGCCUUGUCAACUCGGAUGCCUUAACGGCUUAUCUUGCUGACCAUCUCACCACCGCUCCUCUUCCGUCGCCUCAGGCCCAUUCGCUCUCCACGUCAGCCGCAGUGGAAAAAGUCACGGCAGUCCCUUCUUCCGCACAUUCCUCCUCCUCCUACUCCUCCUCCGCUGCCGCCGCCGCCGCCGCCGGGGCCGGGAGCUCGCUCAUCCCUCUGGCUCCUGGUGGUUGGCCCGUGCAGCCGUACGACCCGAAUGUGGCUACCGUAGAGGAUGCGUGGAGGGAGUGGCAUGUGGGACUGGGGGCGGGUGCUGCCAAACGCGACUCAAUCUUGCUUCUUGAGGCGAAGUUCGGGUGUGCAUGGCGCUAUGAGCAGCGAAUAAGGCAGUGGCACUCGCGAAGAAAGAAGGUGAUCCGCAUGAUCGAGCAGCGCGUGGCGCAGGGGCAUGCGCUAGCGGAUGUAUUUGCACAAUUAAAUGCUAUGGGUAAGUCGCUGGAUCGUCUUCGCAGGGAUGUGGAGAAGGGCGUUGAUCUCUUCCAAAAUUGA